AUGGUGCUAGGAGAGGAUGCUGUUCCAGUCGUGCAGCCUGCCCGCAGAGUACCCAUAGCGUUGAAAGGACGCCUGCGACAAGAACUGAAACGAAUGGAAAAGGCCUCAAUCAUCGUCAAGGUGGAUGAACCAACGGACUGGGUGAGCCCCCUGGUAGUUGUGCACAAGAAGGAUGGUACCCUUCGCAUUUGCAUGGACCCUAGAGGUGUGAACAGGAGCAUUAAGCGGGAGCACUAUCCUAUGCCUUCACGAGAUGACAUAGAGAGCGAGCUGGCAGGAGCACAAUACUUCUCCCGGCUCGACGCUAAUGCCGGCUUUCAUCAGAUUCCUUUAGAUGAGGCCACUUCGCGAAUAUGCACUUUUGCGACACCAUUUGGGCGGUACCGUUUUUUGCGUCUGCUUUUCGGAAUUUCCUCAGCCGGCGAGGUGUUCCAGAAGACUCUAACAGAGAUGUUCGAAAGGCUGCUGGGAGUGCGCGUCUACGUAGACGACGUUUUAAUAUGA